ACGUCAACGUGUAAAGCAAGCAAGCAAGUCGCUUGAAGCAGCAGCGCAGAAAAUAAGUGAUGAAAUAAAUGUGUAAUUUGGCUUCGAAUCUGCUUAGAAUACGCUGUUUUCAACAGCGCACCGCAGUUGACCUACUACACACGGCAGCAGUGACCAUCAUCACGUUAUCUACCCGCGCUGCACGAUAGGUGGCAACGAACGUACAAGGAGGAAGCGGAUUGUCGGCGGCGUCAAAGCCCCACGCCCUUCCGGGAGCCGGAGCUCGGCAACGGUAGCAGCGCUCGUCUGCUGCACACCGGGGACAGCAAACCGUGCUCCUGUGUUGCGGCGGCGGUGGUGCGGACACAACCAUGGAGAAGGAAGCAACACUCGAUAAGCGGGCGGAGGAGAUCGAGAAGGAGUAUCUGUCCAGUUUGGCCGAUCUCAAUGUCAACAGCAAGCCGCUGAUUAACAUGCUCACCAUACUGGCCGAGGAAAACCUAGAGUAUGCCCACAUCAUCGUGAACGCGGUGGAAAAACACCUCGCCCAGGUCGGACCCGACGUGAAAUUGCCGAUACUUUACCUGGUCGAUUCGAUCGUUAAAAACGUGGGCAAACAGUACCAAUCGCUGUUCAGUCAGGUGAUAGUGAACAUGUUUUGCGGCGUGUUUCAAACGGCCCACGACCGGGUGCGCGAGAAGAUGUUCAACUUGCGGCUGACGUGGAACGAUCUGUUCCCGCAGUCCAAGCUGUACGCACUGGACAUCAAGAUCAACUCGAUGGACUCGGGGUGGCCAAUAACGGCAUCGUUGAAGCCGAAAACACAGCCGUCAAUUCAUUUGAAUCCAAAGUUUCUGAACGCGGGUCCUGAGCCCACGGCCACGGCAACGAUCCACGCCCAGCUGGAGGAGAAGCGGCGGGAACUGCUGGAGCUGCAGACGCGGAAGCUGGAACUGGAGCUGUUGGCCACGAGGAAGCGCAUCGCGGAACAGGAGAAGCAGCUGAGCAUUCAGACGGCCAGUGUGGCCAAAACGUUACCUCCGAUCGUGCGGAAACCACUGGACGGUGCAGCGCCACCGGGUCUAGCGAUGACUCCGGCGAUGGGCGGUCCAGUUCAGGGAGGGCUUAUGUCGGCGGCCGGCCCACCAGGAGCGGCGGCGGCGCCGGGUUCCCUGAAGAGCCGCAUUGCCCCUGUAUCGCAGGGCAUGAUCAGCAUGAUCAGUUCUCGCGAUCCACGGCUCAUGAAGCAGCAGGUGGCCAACAGCAGCCAACCUCCGUCUUCGUUUCAUGCGCCGCCACAACAUGGAGGACCCCUGGGGUCGAUGGGCAUGUUACCGCACGGCGGCACCACGGCGGUGCUGGGUGGCGGGUUACACGGUGGCGAACUCACGGGGUCCCAUCACGGGCAAAGUCCGCUCGGUAAAGUGUCGUCGGUGUCGAUUAAGGAUCGCUUGGGCGCGAAAGUGAAACGGCUCGAAGGCAAUGGUGUGGUCAGUGCGAAACAUGCGUACGGUGCCGCAUCGGACGGUGGACGAAGCACGAAGAAGGUGUCUCCCUCCUCCGGUGGUUCCGCGGUGUCCCGCAAAUCCCGACACGAUCAUCACGAAGGCAGUGGCGGUAAAUCGCGCCGGGAGCGCCACCCCAAAGAUCGAUCGACAUCCUCGACGGGUAGCAGCAGCAAGGGAAGUUCCGGCUCACCGGGCAAAUCAUCGGCCACCGGGCGGACCGUUUCGGGAGGGGACAAGCGAAAGCAACACGGCAAGGAAGUGGACGGCAGUUCGUCGCAGAGUCAAAAGUCACCCGGUCGUUCACCGGGCAAGAAAAAGUCAUCCCCGGACGACAAGUCAGCAUUGUCACCCGGUUCUGGUGGUUCGGCCGAAAAGUUACGCCCGGAACGUAGGGCUCUUCCGACGAUUGGAAAACUGCGCAAACCGUCCACCGGCGGCAGCGGCAGCAGUCGGGUCGACACGGAGGCGAUCGUCGAGGCACCGCCACCGUCACAGGAUGUUGAUUUGCGGUGCCCCAUUCCGGAGAAGCGCAAAAAGAUGGCCGGCGGAGAAGCGACCGUGAACUCCGUCCACUCGAUGGCUGCGGAAGAUGUGGAAGAGGUGCCCGUCGGGGGGCUAAAGGCAUCACAGAUCGAUCUACAAAGCAUCAGUAGCGCCCAGGCCGAGGAAGACGCGCUGGCGGAACUAAUCAGUAAAGAUAUCGAUUUGAGAAAACUUCCGCUCCAGCUGAUGCCACCGGCAGCGGGCGGCGGGUCACGCUCAGGAUCAACGGAACCGCCGCGAGCCGCCGACGAGGUGCGUUCGCUGAACGACUCCCCGAGACGGCGCACUGGUGACGGCGUUGGUGCCGAUGAGCUGCAGGGGGACGAGUUCGCCGUGGGCAAGAAGCGAACCAGCGGCACCAAGUCCGACGAGCCGACGGCGAAGAAGAGCAAAGCGGAAAUGAUCGAUGCACUGUUUGGUAAUGAAGAUGUCGAUUUGCGGCAACUUCCGAUGGAAAGCGUCCUGCUGGAGGCUGGUGUGCCACAACCAAUGGACAACGCUGCCGAUGUUCCGAGGUCUCCGCUGUCGGAGAAAAAUAGUCGCGGAUCGCGCUUCUCGGACAUCGUGGGCAAAGGUCAGCAGGAUAAGGACAAGCUUGGCCGACCAUUGCUGUACAACAAACUGCCAGAUGACCCCAUUGAGCGGCGUCGUUCGCUCAACAAAGCCGGCGAUGUGGAUCUCCGUCAGCACCAGGGGCACCUUCCCCAUCUGCGGUCUGCGGACGAUGUGGACGAUCCGGACGACGACAGCUCGAUGGACAGUAUGAACGCCAACAUCAAGACGAUCGUCGCCCAGGCCCAGGAGCAGAUGGAGAAGGGCGAAAUCAAUCUCGAGCAGUACAACAUCCUGAUGAAGCAGGUGAUUCAGCUGAACGAGACGCAAAAAAUACGCCAAGCGCAGCGCAUCGAGCAGCGCCAGGACCCGACGGCGGCGACGACGACGACGACGGUCAUCCGCAUCGACGACAAUGGGUCACGGUCGAGCGGCGAGGAUGACGUCAUCAUCACGUCGGCCACGGUACCGGCGGCUUCUGGGCAAAAUGAUUUCCGCGGCAAAAUACAUCCGCUCGAGGCGGCGGCGCCACUCCCAGGUAAACCGCCUUUCCUGGGCGCCGCCGGAACAUCCGUUCCACCACCGGACCUUCGGCCGGUGCAGCGAGAUCCCCGUCGGAUGCGAGAAUCGAAGUGGAACCGCGUGGAACCGGCGGCGGCGGCGGGCCCAGCUUGGGCGAAUCGUGCCGUGGCGAGCCCCUGGGAACAGGCUCCGUUCCCGAUGGGAGUUCCCGAUCAUGGGGGAAGGUUUGCGCCCGGUACGACGCUGUCUACGUUGGCUCCCCCUCCGGUGGUGGUCAACGGUGGUGGUCAGCCACCGCAGCUGAUGGCGAUGUCGACACUGGCCAAACUGCAGGACAGUGUGAGGACGAUCAACAUCGACGGUAUCCAGCGGGAGAUUCGGUUCUACGAGGAGACGGCCGUGAUCUUCAUGAACUGGGACGAACCGAAGGAGAUCGGGUUCCAGAAGGGCGCCCGCAUGGUGUGCGUGGACGAUCGCGAAACGUUCGAGCUCGGGUUCAACGAGCCGUACAAAUCGGUCAGCAUCGAGGGUAAGGUGUACCAGAUGCGGCUCGGGGCGCCGACGCGCGAACUGUACAUCGACGAUUCGUGGUACGAGUGUUACUUUGGCGAACCGCCGACGACGAUCAUGCUGGGCGAGAAGCCGCGCGUCUUCAAGAUUGCCGGCCCACCGCCGCAGGUUAAGAUCGGCGGCAGCCGGAACGAUCUGGUGGCGGGUAAGAUCAACAUGAUCGUCGACGCCGAGCUGAUCGUGCCGGUGUUCCUGGACUGCAAGCCGCAGCUGGUCGAAAUCGGUGGCCACCAGCACUGGCUGCAGUUUGCCGACUUCCUGCUGACGGUGCUGAUCGACGAGCAGCCGUUUUCGGUCGAGUUCGGUGGGUUGCCGCAGGUGUACCGGUUGCGGGAACGGAACUACUACAUCCGCUUCACGGCCCUACCGAAGCUGGUGGUGCCGGGUCGCGUCUACAUCCGCGAUAUGGCCCGCACGCCCCACCACCGUGAUCUGCGCACUCCGCCGAAGGAUGCCAGUCUGAUGCCAGUGUUGGGACCGGCGCUGGGUGGGCCCCUCCUUUCGCACCCACCGCCAUCGGGUGGUGGCGUGUUCAUGGGCGGCCACGGUGCGGGCAACAAUCUGCACGGAGGAAUGCACGGAAUGCCGGGGGGUCCACAUGCCAACCACAACCCGCUGACCGGGCUGGACUACAUCACUAACCUGAUGCCAACGGUGGCCAUGCAAACGGCGGCGGGUGGCGGGGCCAGGAAAAAUCUGCCCGGCUACCGGAUAGAAGCGGACGAUAAGGUCCCAACAGCCGCGGCUUCAGGCGGUGAUCCAGGUGGCGCCGGCGGCAUUCCGGCCCUAGGGAACAUCAACGUGGAGGAACUGUACAAAAAGAUUGUGGCCGCCGGUAUCAUCACCAAGGGUCAGUCGGGGAGCGGGGCGGCCAACGCAGCAGGAGGACCGCAGGAUGGUGGCUCGAAAGACACGCCAAAGGACGGCGAUCCUGGUGGUGGUGGUGGCGCCGGUGGUAAAUCGAAAGAAAGGGACAGCAAAUCAUCGAAGGAUCUGCCGCCGAUCGAUCCGGUGUUGCUCGACAAGCCGGAUACGCUCCGGCGGCGGCAGGCUGCCGUGGUGCAUCAGCUGUUCUGCGGCAUGCAGUGCAGCAGUUGCGGGGUGCGCUUCCCGCCGGAGCAGACGAUGAAGUACAGCCAGCACCUGGACUGGCACUUCCGGCAGAACCGGCGCGACCGGGACUCGGCCCGCAAGGCGCACUCGCGCAAGUGGUACUACGACGUGUCGGACUGGAUCCAGUACGAGGAGAUCGAGGAUCUGGAGGAGCGCGAGAAGAACUGGUUCGAAACGCAGGGUGGUCAGUCGGACCACCACGGGAUCGACGGGGCGACGAAGCGCAGUGGCACCGGAGAAGGUGGUGAAGGAGGGGAGGACGGAAGCGGCGGAGCGGCGCACAGCGAUGCGCCGGUGCCGAGCUGUCCGGCCGGCGAGGACGAGGGUGACCGGCAGUGUCACAUGUGCCACGAUGUGUUCGAACAGUUCUACAACGAGGAGUCGGAGGACUGGCACCUGAAGAGCGCCGUCCGCAUCGACGGUUACACGUACCACCCGCUGUGCUACGAGGACUACCGGGCGUCGCUGACGAUGAGCGAGACGACGCUCGGCAACGUGUCCCACCUGGACGGCGACGCCGCCGCCGCCGCAGACGAGAGCCAGAAGACUGACGGGGAGAUGAACAGUGACGAGGAGGACGGUGGCGAUCAGGACGAGCCAGGUAAGGGUGGCCCGCGUCGCACCACCCGCAAACGGAAGGCCAAAGCCGAUGGUGAUGACGAUGACGAUGAUGACGACGACGAUGUAAUCGUGCUCCCCACGGAGGAACCGGUCGUAGAGGAAAUACUGGAUGACGACGCGGAAGAUGGAGCAGCAAAUGAAGGAGCACCCCCGGCUCCGGUGGACACGACGGUGGCGAGCGGUGUCGGUGUGGCCUCUCCCGUCGUGCAGCGACCCGAGUUCCAGGAACGGCAAGUCGAUGAGGAUGUCUUCAUUCAGGAGCCCAACAUUGAGGUAACCGAUCUGGACGACAUCGAGGACCAGCCGGAGGGCGAUCAUCAUGGUGCGACUGCCAGCGGGGCCGGCGGAGACGGGACCGGUGCCGAGGAUACGGCCUCGUCGGUGCUGCAGGUGCGGAUCAAGCAGGAACCGAAGGAUGAGGACGAGGGCGACGAAGAGGAUGCCCUGUUCGAGGACGUCGGUACGAUCGAGUCGAGCUUGAUCGAGGUAGCCGACGAUCGGCGGUCUCCAUCAUCAUCCAAUGCCGUCGUCGGCAGCAACCCGUCGACGGAACAGGAUGCGGCGGCUGAGGAUGGCGUGCUGCAGGCCGAGGGUGUUCCGUCACCGUCGGACAACGCAGUUCCGCAGGCGGCGCAGAUGCAGAGCAAAGCGUCGAUGGAUGGCAACGUGGAUCCGCAGGAUGCCCCUCAGGCCCCGGUGCUGGUGCCAAACAAGAUCCGGAUCAACAUCACAACCGCAAAGGCCAUCAGCAGCAACAGUGCGCCGCACGAGACGGGUGCUGAAAAUGGGGCCGAAACGAAUGGCACCGAGGACGCCGCGGCCGCGGCCGCCGCUUCGAGCCCAUCACGGACCGGUGAGGCAGGGGGGGAGAUGUUUGAGGAGCUGAGUAACGACGCUGUCGUCGGUUGGGAGGAAAUGGACGAACCGAACGGUGCUACUGCUGCUGGUGGUGGUGGCGGCGGCUCCAGUGCGGCGGAAGUGCAGUCCAACAAUAAAGACGUGCCGCCGUCCGCGUCGGCGACCACGGGCGUUGCGUUCGAAGAAACGACUGACGUUGCGUAUGAGCGGAAGCCAGCACUGCAGGGCAUCGAAUUGAGCCGGUUGCCGCGCGUCACCAGCGGCUGCGAAGCGUCCGGACUCUGUUCGAUCAUGUAAAUAAUUGUGAACGGGGAACGCUUUUGGUUAAUUGUAAAUACUAUGGCUGAAUCCGUUUUGCGACUUUUGCCUAUUGCCGUGCUGACGCACCGGAAUCCGUCCGGUGCAAUCGCGGUGACCGGUCGGUCGGUCGCUCGGUCUGUAAAUAGUGACGUAGCUGCUUAGUGCGUUAGGCCAUCAUAUGUAAGUAGCAUUUAUAUAGUUUAACAAUGAACUUUUCAUGGCACCGGACAACCCGAGGACAACUGGCAGCAACCGCACACAGAGAGAGAGAGAGAGAUCUGGAGAGAUCGGUAAAGAUAGUGGGCCAACGAUCGCAUCACAGUUUCCCCUUGCACGGUGCUAGUGCACAUCGCCUAGGAGUUCGCCUCACAUUAAGCUCGUGUUCAGACGUUAAAUUAUAUCUUUAUCCUUUCACUGUGGACCUGUUUUCGGUCCCUUGACCUCAGCUCAGCUUGUCGAAUGGACUUGGUUGUGAAUUAUCAGUUCCGCGCGCGCGGUUUGGACGCAAAAUCCGUUGUUCGAGUCGGCCACUUGCCUCUCGUCAGUCAGUGCCUCCCUCCUGUCGGUUGCUGCAGGGUUUCCAGGGGCAAACGGACCCGUGCUCCGUAGACCGUGGGACGUGGCGGUAGCGACACCAAAUGGGGCAAAUGAAAUCAAUAAAUACAAAUGAAAUGCAAUCACCCGCGUGUGGUGGGGUAUUCAAAUAAAAUACAAUAUUUGCUAGAUUUCGUGGCGUGUUCUGUAAACCGAAUGCGUCGCCGCCGUCGUCAGGGCCCAGGAGGGACAUAUUCGGCGAAGAGAAUGGAUAAAAAACUUACAAAUAGCAGAAAAACACGUGGAACACACCACUCCAUUGACCAUCGUUCUUUGCGUUUGAUUUAUAUUUUCGGUUGUGCGUUUUUUGCUGACCAUGAGCUUUUAUUAUUUUAUGUAACACGCGAUUCAACACGUCGUUCGCUGAGUUUAAGAAUAGUCAAUAAAGGAUUUUUAUCCAAAGUGCU